AUGUCGAAUGUUGGGGUGGACGGAGCGAAAGAAAGGAGUUACAGAGGCGUGAGAAAGAGGAAAUGGGGAAAAUAUGUGGCCGAGAUUAGGUCAGGAAAGAGAUCGCGCAUAUCGCUGGGAUCAUACUUCACUCCUCAUGCUGCAGCUCGAGCUUAUGACGCUGCGCUCUUGUGCCUUCGAGGACCCAACGCAACGUCUUUAAAUUUCCCAGAUUCGCAGUUCAACUCAACUGUAUUGGAGGUGAAAGCGGCUCACAAGAAUUGUUCACCUGAUGUUAUUCGAACAGCCGCAAUUGCGGUUGGCUCUGCCUGCGACGUCGUUCCUGCAAGAUACUUCCAUUGUAAUAACAGUUCAAUGAUUGAGGAAUCCAGUGAUGAUAAACAGCAAUCCACCGAAGGUGGAGAAGUCAGUAAUGGUAAACAGAAUGCACUGGUUGAGAAGAAAGUGGCAGGAAAUGAGGAACUGCGUGAAUCGACUGAUGCAAAAUCGCUUGUACAAUAUGUAUAG